CAACUUCCUGCUUUAGUACCUUCAGCUAUGCUUCGUCGUAGAUAAACGAAACAACCCUUUGCCUUCGCCAUGGACGCCAAUGCUAACGGCCAAACAAACAACGACCGGGCUUCCCAUUCCGCGAGUGAAAGGAAGGAUGCCCCGAUCCAGGACAAGAAGCUCGGUGAGCAGGACACCACCACUAGCGACCGAGCCAAGAAAGGCCAGCCUUUGCGUCUUUCGAGCGUGAUGGAUGCGGUUCGGAUACCCGCCGACAUGACGGAAGAGACCUGGUUAGCACUCCGACAAGCGAACAUCGACCGAUAUUGGGAGGCAAAGAAACUCGCCGAGGAAACAGCCAAGAAUACAGAGUCUAACAAGAACAUUGCAUUUAGCGACCAAACCUGCAAAGGCAAAGAGCUUAACAAGAAGGUCAAAUGGGCCGACGUGUUCUACCUUGCUGAGCCACAAGAACCUCGUGCACGUGGGACAAAUCAAGCCACGAUGGCAGACGCAAACACCAACGAGAUUCUGUCGGCCUUAAGGGCCUAG